AUGUGGAGGAACUGGAACUAUCUUCUUCUGACGACGACGAGAUGCCGAUUGCAGGUCUUGGAGCCAGUCAAGCAGCCGGUCGUGGUGGCACAGCCGGUCGUGGUCGAACAGCGGGUCGUGGUCGUGGAAGAGGUGACGUUCGAACUCCUGUUCAAACUCGGCAAUCCACUAGUCGGGGUCGUGGUUGAGGUCGUGGUGGCUGGGGUGCUGGUCGCAGCAACAGUCGUGAUGGUAAUGGAUGUCGUGGCCAGUCUGCACAAGGAAGAGGAGCCAACCCAGGAGGUGGUCGUGGAGGUCGUGGCCAGUCUGCACAAGGAAGAGGAGCUAACCCAGGAGGUGUGCGAGGAGGCUGGAUUUAUAAACAAUAUCUUUCGGGACAAGGGACGCUAUUUGACUCGAAACAUUGUUCCCCUGUUUGGGCGUGAGGGCCCUUUCCAUGGAUACAAUCCAGUGUCGGCUGCUGUAUUUGGUCAGAGAAUAACUGCAGCUGAACGCUACUUCCGUGAACUUUUGACCAACCACAACAACGAUCCGACAGGUGCAGAGGGAGAGGAACGUCCCAUCUGGUUUCCUGUAAUGACUCGAUACCGUCAGUUCUGUGAUAGCAAUCCAACUCGUGGUGGUCAGGCCAAUCAAGCUCAACAGAAAGACAUUGCUGUUGUUGGUGGUGGUGCCCAACGCCCCCUUGGUGCUGGCUGGAGUUCCUCUUGCUCGGAGUGA